AUGGAACGGUUUGCCAGCUCCGGGACCCAGACGGAGGCAGUGGUGGUGCUGUCGCUGGCCCAAGCCGCUGUCUUGGGUCUGGUAACCGAGAAUGAGUUCUUGGGAGGCACGGUCAAUCCAGACAGCAUUUUCUCCAGCUUGGCAGGAAAACUGGAUGACGCAGCAGCAGCAGCAGCCGCCGCCGAACUGAAGCAGCCCGAAAGCAGCAGCCCAGCUGGCCCAUCCCAGGGGGAGCCCCUUGAGGAAGAGGAGGGCCUGGAGGCAGAAGCCCCCUUUGGGAAACAGGCCCGGAGGAGGAAGCGCCCCCCUAUGCGCCUGGUGCCAAACGUGAAGCACGAGAGGGGCGAGAUGGAGGAGGAGGAGGAGGAGGGCAGUCCAGAAGCGCCCGCCGGAGGUCCCGAGGAGCAGGUGGAGAGCAGCAACCCAGAGGAGCCCUGUCCUGAGCCAACAAGGCAGAGUGGCACCGGCAGGAUGGCAAGCCUCAGCCCCUUCAGCAGGCGGCCUCAGCCAGGGCAGCCUCCGCGGAGGCCCCCGCAGCAAGAGCAUUCCUUGGGAGCCUACGAGGAAAGGUUCCCCAGCCCACCCCAAGCCGGCCCGGACAGGGCAGAAGCCUUUCCCAGCGGCUGCAGUUUCCCAGCCGGCCUGCCGUCCCUGAGUGGCAUGGAGAGCCAGCUGCCAGCCUCUUCCCCAGAGCAAGGCAAGAGUGGGGCAGGCUUCGCCUGGCAGGAGCCCCUGGACUUUGAGGCGGAGGUCCCCGGUGAGCACAGCAAGAAGGUGCACAUGGACCGCCUGGACAUCAAUGUCCAGAUUGACGAUUCCUACCUGGUGGAGAAGCGCUGGCAGUGCCGUCUGUGCGAGAAGUCCUAUACCUCCAAGUACAACCUGGUGACCCACAUCCUGGGGCACAACGGCAUCAAGCCCCACUCCUGCCCACACUGCAGCAAGCUCUUCAAGCAGCCCAGCCACCUGCAGACCCACCUGCUCACCCACCAGGGCACCCGGCCCCACAAGUGCCAGGUGUGCCACAAGGCCUUCACCCAGACCAGCCACCUCAAGCGCCACAUGCUGCUGCACUCGGACGUCAAGCCCUACAGCUGCCGCUUUUGUGGCCGUGGCUUUGCCUACCCCAGUGAGCUCAAGGCCCACGAGGGAAAGCACGAGAGCGGGCGCUGCCACGUCUGCGUGGAAUGCGGCCUGGACUUCUCCACCCUCACCCAGCUCAAGCGCCACCUGGCCACGCACCAGGGGCCCACACUGUACCCGUGUCCUGAGUGCAACAAGUCCUUCCACUACCGCAGCCAGCUGCAGAACCACACCCUCAAGCACCAGAACGUGCGGCCCUUCGUCUGCACCGAGUGCGGCAUGGAGUUCAGCCAGAUCCACCACCUCAAGCAGCACUCGCUCACCCACAAGGGCGUGAAGGAGUUCAAGUGCGAGGUGUGUGGGCGAGAGUUCACGCUGCAGGCCAACAUGAAGCGGCACAUGUUGAUCCACACCAGCGUGCGCCCCUAUCAGUGCCACAUCUGCUUCAAGACCUUCGUGCAGAAGCAGACGCUCAAGACCCACAUGAUUGUGCAUUCGCCUGUCAAGCCAUUCAAGUGCAAGGUGUGUGGGAAGUCCUUCAACCGCAUGUACAACCUCCUGGGCCACAUGCACCUGCACGCCGGCAGCAAGCCCUUCAAGUGCCCUUACUGCUCCAGCAAGUUCAACCUGAAGGGGAACCUCAGUCGACACAUGAAAGUCAAGCACGGCGUGAUGGAUAUCAACCUGGACAGCCAAGAUCCCAUGCUGGAGCUGGCAGGCACCAAUCCCUCAGAACUGGACGGGCAGCAGGAGAUGGACGACUACGAGGAAAACGCCUACGACUAUGGGGCAGUGGGGAACCCCAGCGGUGGCUCUGCCUUGGCAGAACAGACCAUGAAGGAGAUAGCCUACUACAACAUGCUAUAGUUGGAAUGGGAAGGGCCUGGU